AUGUUGCCCAAUGAAAGAAUAUCUCAGUCUGAUAAUAACAAUGAAAUUUUGCUACCUAGUAAUGAUGAAACUGCACUGUCUAGUAAUGAAGAUGAUAAUAUACAACAUAAUAACACAACAAUGCUUGAUAAUAAUCUACAGUCAAAUAAUAUUACUGAAGGCUUAAUUACUAGUACUACAAAUUCUUUUUCACAACAAAUCAUAACUCCACCUUAUGUCGAACAAGUUUUUAAAACUUGGCAGAAGACCAAACCUAUAGGCGAUGCACUUAUACAUGUGACUGUCAAGGAACUUAUGAACCUAAAAA